AUGUGUAACAAUAUUAGCUGUAUUCUUUUAAAAGAUAAAGACUAUGAAGAAUAUAUUGAUGAUAAGGAAUUAUCAAAAAAUUUUCCUGGAUUAUUAAAGACCCGUUACAGUCGUUUUGGAAUUAAAAAAGGUACUGUUGGAAAUAUCAUGCACAAAUUACCUAGUAGAAAGGAUUCAAUUAUAAUUACAACAAAUUGGGAAGAUAAUGACUAUGUAAUAGCAGUAUUCAUUAUGUUUCUUUUAGAAAGGCUAAAAUUAGCACAUAAUAUCUUUAAUUAUCGUGAUUUUAGUGACUGGGUUAUGGGGAGAGUCCCCCCUUUAGAUGCCUUUUCGGAAGAAAAUAAAACUGUUCAAGAAUUACCUGAAUGGGGUAAAUGGUGGAAUAUAGAAAGUAAUAUAACAAAAGUAUGUAGUGAAUUUUAUCAUUUGUAUUAUACUAUUAAUUCAUUUGGAACAUUUAAAUUAUUUUAUGAAAAAGAUUAUACUUUUAAAAAAAUUAAACCCUAUUGGUCUUUAUUAGGAGUAUUUUCUAAGGAAAGAUUGAAGGAUAAUGCAUUUUUAAAUCAACUUACACAUAGUGAAUUGAAGACAAGAAUAUUAACUGAAUUAAAGUUAAAAAAAAAUACAACUUUGGAAUAUAAUAUGCAAAUUGAAAAAUUAAGUGAUAAUUCUCAAAAUAAUAAAAUUAAAAACUUUAAUAAUGAAAAUAAAUAUACUAAGUUAUUUAAAACUAUAAGAAAUACUUUUAAAUUAUUUCGUAGCGCUUAUCGUCAUGUAAAGAAUAUUAAAAAACAAAGAAAAUUUAAUUCUGAGAAUGGAGAUUCAAAUAUUGAAUUACUACCAGAUUGGUGGGAUAAUGAAUUAGAUGUAAUUACUGCAAUUAUUCUUACAACAUUUAAAUAUCAAUACUUAAAUCAGAUGUCAAUAAUAGAUUUUAAAAAUAAACAUAAACAUGAAAAACCAUCUUUGACAUGGAGACAGUUUAAUAAAAUGUUAUGUAAAACAAUAUUUUGCAUAAAGAGUCAGAAAUUUAUAAAUUCAAUAGAUUCUAUUCCUAUAUGGCAUCGUUUUGGUAAUAAAUGGCAGAUAUUUCCACAAGGUGUAAUGGUUCGUAUUCUUGAUAGCAUAUCACGCUUAUCAUUAAAUACAAGUGGAUGGGAUAUUUAUGAUUAUAUAAUUUGUGCGUGCUUUUACUAUAUCCUUGAAAGAGAGAAACUACGAAUAGAGUGGUUUGCAUUAGGACCUUUAUCAGGAUCAUCUUCUACUCGUUUUUGGAGAAAGUUUAAGAUAUUUCUAAGACGUAUAUUUGGUAGAAAUAAGGGUUUAUUUGACAUUUCUUCAGGUUGGUUUAAAGAUAAAGAAGAAGAUGAAGAAGAUAGUGAAUAA